GUUAAGCUGUUGAAAUGGAUCGUUGAAACACUGGCAAGCAUGUAACCUUUUGACGCUGGUCAAUACAUUUUAUAGCUGACAAGCUCUAUUGAUCUCUAGGCUUAAAAGUUAUCAAAUGACACCAACCCGAAGCUGAAGACGGACAUACAGUAGUGUCUUAGAGCUUUUGAACAAACAGUGCAGAUUGUUAGAUUUCAGUUUUGUUAAGUUUAAUCACUGGCUUGUGCAGUUUAUUUCUCAUUACAUUAUAAACCGUGAUAUUACUUUGAGAAACUUGGUAAUUAGACCAAUGCGUGUCUCAUAGGAAUGAACAUUUAUUUUAGUCAGCUGUUAAUAAGAACAUUCAUUUGCCUUAACCUGGUUUUGUUUUCUGUACGCUUCUUUAUUCUUAAAAAAAAUCAUUCUACUUAUUUUCUAUCUUAUGGAUGUUGCUACUGUCAUUAUUUCUAUUUACAAUCUGUUUAAAAUAUUCUAUGACUGUAGACAGGUGCGUAAUGCUUUUUGUUGUUGUUGUUGUGGUUGUUGUUUUUAACAUUUUAUACAGUGUGACUUUCAAUGCAAUGCGCCAUCAGUGUGAUUUUCUCAUUUAGUUUUAAAAAGCAGGAUUGAAAUUCGGGGAUUUCCUCAAAUCUACACAAAUGCACACAGUGCAGUAGGCUAUAAAUAAUAAAGUGUAGCAAUUUCCCAAAAUAGUUCAAUACGACAUGGCCCUGUUUUUAUUUUGGAGCAGAAAUAGGAAAUGAGGGCUGUGUUACUUUUUUCGCUGAUUACAAAAAAAAAAAAAAAAAAAAAUACUGCAAUUAUUUAUUUUUACGCAUUUCAGAAAUAUUUUUUACUCCUUACAUACCAUAAAUUGCUGAUGUACUGUCUCAUUUACAAUCUGCCUCAGUUUCAUUCUCAUAUAGUCUAACCUAAGCGCAAAACAAAAUAGCUAAGUACAAUAUUCUCAUUUAACUACAUGACACUAAAUGAAAUAUUUGGAAGGGUGGAAAAAAAAAAUCUUUCAUACAGUUCUACCAUGGAGUAUUAAUAGUCUAAAUCAAACCCAUAUGGGAAUGAUUGAAAAAAAAAAAAAAAAAAAACACGACCUAAUCUGAUAGAGUAUAACGACUCAUGAUUUAUAUGUUAAGUAAUAUUCAAUAAUGACACUAAUUGCCAGUUUCACUGUGCUGUCGUCAAAAGAAAACACAAAAACAAUACAAAAACGUUGUCUUCUGAGUCAGACAAAUAGGCUUCUUGGGAUGCAUGUCUGCAAGAGUUAAGAGAACUGCCAGUUAGCUGCUUUAGUGGCCAGGCCAGGUCUUAAGAGUCUGUAGCUAGAGGUAUGGGGAUAAAAAAUGCAACAGUGCGUCACGUUUUCUUCCUGAUGUAAAGUGACUGCUCUUCUCUCACCUCACUGUAACGUGUCAACAUAACAGCUGGAAAACAACGCAAUGGGCAGAUUCAGCAGUGUAGGAGUAAAAAGGAUACUGGACCCUAACUUCUACCCUGGUGGGCAUGUUGGCACGCGCGUCUUGAAGACGUUUAAGACAUCAACCCUGCGUAAACACACCGAUUCCAUCAGGGAACACAAAUGGACAGAAGGCUCAGUGACGGUCUACUGUACGUGAUGAGAAAAGCGCUAUAACAGGCGUCUUCUCAGUGCUAUGAGGUCGUUUGCUGCCCCCUUUUGGCUGCCUGGUCAGGGAUUAGUCAGAGCUCCUGUAAGACAGUUAGAAAUGUUAAGUCUCGCCACACUUUAAACAAUAUCUGCUGGAAGUGCUCUGGAAUGCGAUAACUGGGUUGACUACACUACUUUAACAUGUAUAUCUGCCUGAAUCACUGGACAACUAGCCUUGUUGACAGCUCUUCAAUACAAUUAUUCAUAAAUGUGAUAAAAAGGAGGAAAGCCCGGGGUUUGUUGGGACUAACUAAACAAAUACCAAACUUGACAACGCGCGCGCGCCGGUCCAAGGAAUUCCAUUGACUGUUCUGGCUGUCACAAAUCAGACGUCCUCGCGCUCUUCGGACGUUUUCCUGAUUGGCCGAGCCUACUCGAAGUAAUUGCCUCUGACCAAUGGUAUUAACUCACAGACUCCAGCAUGCAAAUGAGCUGUGCCGGGCUGCAUUCCUGUACUGCCCAGCUCCAGUAAAAGCCAGCCCCUCGCCUGGAGAUUCAUUCAUACGACAUCAGCGGUCGGUUUGCGACCUUACAGGGGCGACACAUCCUUAGAUCAUCAACACGACCGCGGUCCUCACGCUGCACAGAACAACCCAGAUCCAAAAAAAAAAAAAAAGACAAAAAAAACAGUACUUUCAAGUGUUUUCAAACGGAAGAUUUGACGCAGGACGUGCGCCGGAGCAUCGCGAGCGCUUCAAAGGGUGCAACUUAAAAGUUUGACAAGGACCAGUCAACUUGCGGUGAACUCACUUUAAUGACGAUGUGGGGACAAGCUUGUGAGUGCAAAUGUUAGAAUUAAUCGGAGAUUUUAAAAAAACAAAAAAAAAAACAAUAAGUGCUCUCCAAUUGCGCUUUCCUGAUCGCCGUAAGACGCACGGACACCUCCAGACGCGCGCGCUGUCAAAACUACCAACAGACUAAUCCCCAUCAGCUGAGAUCACUUUCUGGAGACUCGGCGUUACACGCAGUUCAAAACUAAAACCUCCAACAGGAUACCAAUGGUUUUCCUUUGGGACGCCAAAUACGACCAGGCCCCCCACCGCCGCUUCACGCCGCCCUCCUCCAGCCUGGGCACGGGGAAGAUGAGCGAGGCUCUACCCGCGAUGGGUGGGCACGAGGGCGGCGGCGGGAAAUUGCGCAUGUGUGACCGCAGCAUGGAGGUCCUCUCCGAGCACCCGGGAGAGCUCGUGCGCACCGACAGUCCCAACUUCCUGUGCUCGGUGCUGCCCACACACUGGCGCUGCAACAAGACUCUGCCCAUCGCCUUCAAGGUGGUUGCCCUUGGCGACAUCCCUGAUGGCACGCUCGUGACAGUGAUGGCAGGAAAUGAUGAGAAUUACUCAGCUGAACUCCGCAAUGCCACCGCGGCCAUUAAGAACCAGGUGGCCCGUUUCAAUGACCUGCGCUUCGUGGGUCGCAGUGGAAGAGGGAAGAGUUUUACUCUCACCAUCACCGUAUUCACUAACCCCCCUCAAGUGGCCACCUAUCAGAGAGCCAUCAAGAUUACAGUGGACGGACCCAGGGAACCCCGCCGUCAUAGACAAAAGCUGGAAGAAGUUGUAAAGCCAGGCGCGCUGGCCUUCUCCGAGCAGUUGAGAAGGAGCGCCAUGAGGUGCAGUCCUCACCAGGCCUCUGCGCCCAAUCCCCGCCCCACCCUGAACACACCUCCCUUUGGUAGCCCCACCCACAGCCAAAUACCUGACUCCAGGCAAAUGCAGACGUCUCCGUCCUGGUCUUAUGAACAAUCCUACCCUUACCUGGGUGCUAUUUCUGCACCCGCUAUUCACCCUACGACACCCAUCUCUCCGAGCCGCAAUCCAAUACACUGUUCAGACCUGUUCAGUGACCCGCGUGUCGGUCUGGAGCGCCCCUUCUCUUCCAUCCCCUCGCUACCAGACAACCGCUUCACCGACCCUCGGGUUCCCUACCCCACUGCAGCCUUCACCUACACCCCAACCCCUGUCACCAACGCUAUAGGUAUCGGCAUGUCAGCCAUGACUGCGCCUGCUGGCCGCUACCACACUUACUUACCACCUCCCUACCCUGCUGGCUCCUCCCAGGGCCAGAGUGGACACUUCCAGGCCAGCUCUUCUCCCUAUCACCUCUAUUACAGCAGCGCUACCGGCUCGUACCAGUUCUCCAUGAUGUCAGGAGGAAGUGGGGGUGACCGCACGCCCCCCAGGAUCCUGCCGCCCUGCACCAGCGCCUCGACGGGCUCGGCCCUCCUCCACCCCUCACUACCAAAUCAGAAUGACAUUGUUGUUGAGGCAGAGGAAAGCCACAGCAGCUCUCCGACCAGCAUGUCUGCUGAGGCAGUGUGGAGGCCAUACUGAGCACCAGCUUUACUGAAUAGUGGACUGACACGUUGACCAAUAUGAAGUGUAGAGCUGAUGCAUGGACUCGAUUUUCCACAGCAGGAGACUCAGUUUUGUUUUUCUUAAGAUAAUUAUGGAAAAUUUGUUGUUGUUAUUAUUAUUAUUAUUAUUAUUAUUAUUACACCAGUUCCUUCUAUUUCUAAAGAAAUACCCUGCCAUGGCACUGUCAUAAAACUUGAAUCUGAAGAAUUAUAUCAUCAUACUUUCAAAAUAUUAGCCAGAAAAUGUAUAUCUGCCAAAACAACGGCUUGUAUGCUGGGAACUAUUCAUUUACGGCAACGAAUUAUGAUUUUCACCCACAGCCGCCUGUUCCUUUACAAUCACUCGAUGAGGUUUCGUCUGAGCUCCAGCAUACGCGCAGUUCUGAGAUUUCUAACUGUAACCUGUAGAUUGCUGCGUGUCCCGUGACUCACCGUGCUAAGGUUAGCAUUGUGCUACCAGCACCAAGAUUGGACGAUUUCCAUUUAAGAGUUAAACCAGACAUGGAGGUCUGUUGCACAUGCAAUCCCAGGUUUAUGAGGCUUUACCUCAUCCGUCACUGCCUUUUAAGGUUGUCCUUUUACAGUGCAAACCCAUACGUAUUUCAGAUAUCCGCUUGAGUUUGGCCGUAACCCACAGAUCACCCACUUUUAUGUAAAUAGACUGUAAACUACUUGUUGAUAUCACUGGUUGAUUGACGUUGACAGUGACGGUGUCUUGACAUCCACACUUGAGAAAACUAGAAAUGAUACAUAGCCUAUAUGUUUUUGUUUUUUUUUAGUACUGCUUUAUUUUGUGAAUGUAAACCUUGUGAAGAAGCUGAUUGUUUGUAGACAAUGUCGUGUGGCGUCCUUCUUUCUCUUCACUGUUCAGCGGUCAGGGCCGUGAGAAAUCAACGGGAAAGGGGCUAGACUCUGUCUGUCAGUGUCAUCUUGCUCUGAUAGG